GACGAUAUAGGAAACCACCACCACCACUGAAGCUAAGAGGCCAAGAGAUCGCGUAUCAGAAGGCCGUAACCUACCUUGGGUGCCGGUUCAAUAGGAUGCUGCGCAUGACUGCGCACGUCGACAUCGUCGUCCGCAAUGCCAGAUGUGCGCGGGCGAUACUCCGUCCAGUCCUGACAUCCAAGCUGCCGAUGAAAACCAAAUUAAAAGUAUACAUGAUGUACAUACGAACGAAGCUCACAUACGCCGCUCCGGCCUGGUACGCGCUCUUGAGCAGCAGACAAAGGCCGCUGCCUUAGCCAACCGCUGUUGCAGGUCUAGCAGAAUCUAUCACAUCUCAACAACUUCGCGCCGCUACACACCCGCCCCCCGGACAGGCGACCUCUGCCAAGAGAACUCCUCUCUAUAAGAGAUUAGAGAGUCGAGUAAAACCCUCAAUGCCGCAGAUAGGCCAACUUAGACGCCCUGGCCGUGUUAGCCGCCCACAUGACGACUUACCCGACCAGGCAAAAAUGAACAACCAUAGGCCGAAUUAGACGCCUUUUUCAGGCUCAGGCCAAAUUAGGCGCCAUUUUCAGGACCAGGCCAUAUUUUACGCCUUUUUCAUGACGUUUCAGGAAAAAAUUUCAGGAGAACUUACAAUGCCGGAAUAUAUCGGCUCCCAAUGACCGGCCCAUAGAGAUGGGCCGUGAGGUAUACCCGGGUAAUGGGGGAGAUGCCCCGAGGCCCGAGACCUGUUGGGUGUUGCACACACACCUCAGCAGAUGACAACGUAGUCGAUGCAAAUCACAUCAAACCCAGGGGCGCUGCAACAUACCAACAACGCCAGAUUGGCUCCCACGACCGGUGCAUAGAGAUGCACCGCGAGGAGAUUCCGGGUGAAGGGGGCAUGCCCCGAGACCCGACACCUGUUGUGUGCUAUCAAGCACACACGCAGAUGCAAAUCGACUGGUUCUGACCUACCCUUCACCUCACCGCCAGUAGUGUUUGUGAUUUAGUACGCAUCCGCCGGCUGACGAACUCCGCCAAUCUUUGAGGAUUUAUUCCGAGAGGCCGAGACGUCGCUGGCCACUCUUGGAAAAGAAGAGGAUAAGCCGAGGAUAGUGAAGGCUGACACCACCGCCAACCCCUGCUUCACGGUACUCAGCAUCAGCGCUGAGUAAUUCUUCUUGCACAAGAAGAAUACUUCAGUGUGCCGCACUUGUGUGAGGAAACGCCCAAUCCACCAGAGCCUCACACACCCCUCCCUGCUCGCGGGCACCUCGCUAGGCCUCCCCCAGGGGUCUCGCCCGGUGUGGUUGCACGCGCUGAGGGGAGUAAGGUGUGUGACAGCUCAAGGGCUGAGCAUAACUACACCCAAGCCAAGAUUUCGGACAAGGAAGAACCCCCCCCCACCAUCAAAAAGACCACCAGACAGAUGUCUCAUGGAACGGAACCUAUUCGCUCCAGAGAAAUUCCGAAUCAUACCCCCGCUAAGCCAAAUACCGAGGCGCAUAGGCAGUCCACCGCUCACCAGCUCAGCCCCCAUCGCUAGUGAGAUAGAGCGUGUAUCCAACUCAAAAUUGGCAAUAACAGCUCGCCAGACUGCAAAGAGAAGGAAACCCCCAGAAAUGGGAAUAGACGACACCCAGGAAGAGAAGAGGCAUAAACAAGGCUCCCGUACUACAUCAUCCGACUCAUCAUCAACCGAGUCUACCCCACCUUCACCAACACCAGAGAGGGAAAUAGUCAAUACCAGAUACAGCCAACCACCAGAAUCUCCAUCUCCAAUACGAUCCUCGUAUGGCAUAAGAGACAAGGAACAAGAGAGUACACAGGACAGCGAUGACCCCACCCAAGAUAUGGACACAGAACACAUACCGGGACCAUCUACAGCACCGAACUCGUACGCACGCAUAGUGGCCACACCGAGGUCAACGCAACCGACACCACCUACAACGAGACUAACACCACCUAUAGAAGCGCCAACAAUGGCGAAAUAUCCACCAAUCAUAGUGGAGUGCUUUCCAGAUUGGACGAAGCACUUCAAAAUCCUACAACAAAUUCUUGGACAUGCCCCAAAUACUCGUCCGUUUGGAAAAGGAGUCAGUUUUCGACCCCAGACAGAGCAAGAAUAUAGGAGAAUUCAAAAAUACCUAGUGGACAUAAGCAAGGAGGACUCCACCUUCGUGUGGUUAUGCUACGCGUCGCGGGAAGAGCAACCCACAAAAAUGGGGUUAAGAGGACUCCCAGCAGACACCGGCUUUACUGAAAUACAAGAGGCACUCAUCCAAUUAGACUUCCCUGUCACAUACGUGAGGGCCAUCCCAUCCAAAAGGGAAAGGCCGGGAUGCCUUUUCUAUAUUAAGAUGGACCACCUUUCCACAGAAGAGCUUAACCAGCUGUACUGAAUAAACGAACUACUAUACAUGCCGGGAAUCAACAUUGAGGGCUGGCAGGCCAGAACCGGCCCCGCACAAGGAGAAGAACCACCGACGCAAAUCGUUCGGGACCUACUAGCUACCAGUAAUAUAUAUAAUCAAGAAGGAAAACAUAUAGGGAAGUGAUAGGGAAAGUUAUUACACUCGCACGGAGCGGUUUGAAGAUAAUUGCUGUUUUAUUCCCAAGGGACCCUUCACCUUUAAAUAUUAAUACACAGUCCAUCACGCGCUAACGUAGCACAUAUCGAAGAAUUAAGGCGUUGGGACCGGGACGACCACGGAAGACCCGUAAUCCCCGUCUGAACCUUUUAUAAGAAAGAGUAGCAGCAGACACUCUCUUGUGAUACUCCUUCACGGGGUUCACAUACGCCUUGUUGACCUCCCGAACCCAACGUAGGUGUCACUGGAGAUUCAGGAUCAAGACCGACUGAAGGAAGACCUCUACGGGCCCCUGUCUGAAUCGAUGCUGUUGCGACGUUCCCUUUAAAAUAUAUUUAUGCAGCAGUGAUAACUAGGAUUUUCAUAUAAUUCUUUUUAUUUUCCAGGUAGUAUGGCAUUUCUCUGUCAACCUAUUGGCAGCAUAUUUUCGGGCCCGUUAUUAGAUUACUUCGGGCGAAGAAAGGCUUUGUUUCUGGUGAAUAUACCGCACGUAAUCGCAUGGCUACUGAUGUACUACGCAUGGAACGUGCCAUCGCUGUUCAUAGGCAAUGCGCUUUUGGGUAUUGGCAUAGGAAUAAUGGAAGCACCUUCUGUUACAUACGUUGGAGAAGUAACAGAUCCUUCCAUUCGUGGGUUCUUGACUACCCUGACGAAUAGUUUUACAUCUGCGGGCAUCUUUGUUGCGUACUUGCUUGGCACGGUACUACCAUGGAGACAAGCAGCACUUGUGUCCCUUAGUGUACCUCUAGCAACUAUGGCGUUGGUACUGUUGGUUCCUGAAACUCCGAUCUGGUUGCUAUCCAAAGGUCGCCAAAAAGAAGCGUUAAGGUCGCUAUGUCGACUCAGGGGAUGGACCAAGCCAGAGCAUGUUAAGGAGGAGUUCGAGCAACUGCUUCAAUACCACGAUGUUAUCAAGCAGUGUGUUAUCUGUGCAAAAGAAGGCAGAAGUGAAACAGACCAUUGUAAACAUUCAAAUUAUAACAUCAUUAAGAGGAUUGUAUUUAAGAUCAAACAUAUAUUACUUGUAAAAGAGACAUUGAGGCCAUUCGCACUGGUUAUGGCCUACUUUUUCUUCCACAAUUUAAGUGGUUUAAAUCCUGUUCGACCGAAUAUGGUCAACUUCUGUAAAGCAUUGGGGAUGAAGUAUGAUUCUAAAACCAUUGUGGUAGUCGUGGGAGCUGUAUUCAUAGUUAUGAAUAUAACGGCAGCUAUAAUGGUAAAAAUGAUGGGGAAAAGGAAACUGAUCAUCGGUUCCCUUUUAGCAACAGCUUUUUGCAGCCUUGGUAUUAGCGUCUACGCAAGCAGCAAAAUACCUGCAUCCGUCUUCUCUUACGAAGCUGACACAUUUCCUGAAGCGAAAGAGACUUUACCAAUUAUACUUUUUAUGGCAUUGGUGUGCUUUACGAGCUUAGGAAUCCCAUGGGCUUUACUAACCGAAGUUUUUCCUUUUAGGAGUCGAGGUACUGCAACAGGACUCGCUGCAGCUUUAAAUUACUUCAUAGUUUUCUUAGCAACAAAGACGAACUAUAAUUUAGAAGCAACUUUCCACAUAAGCGGUACAUUUGCAAUCUACUCAGCUCUAAUAUUCAUUGGAACUGUGUACAUGUAUUUUUUCUUGCCAGAAACUGAAAAGAAGACUUUAGCCCAAAUUGAAGAUUACUAUAAAGGAAAUAGAAAAAUAUUUGCUGAUGAUUUCCUUAUCAAUGCUUUCAGAAAAGAAAAAGGUGUCAAUCUAGAUGCAAAUAAACCUAUGUUAGUUAGUUAGUUGUUCUAGAUAAUUAAAAUUGAAACUUCUUAGUUUCUUUUCUUUGAGCUGUUUUACUCGUUAACUUAAAAGACAAAUGCUAAAAUUGUAAUUGUCUUAUAAAAUUAAAUAUUUACUAG